AUGGACGCAACUUGUUCUGUCAGUCAGAGGCGAUCAUAUAACGGUGAUCUGUGCACCAUUCGCUAUAUUGGAAAGGUAGAGGGUACCAGCGGCGAGUGGCUCGGGGUCGAAUGGGAUGACGCGACUCGAGGGAAGCACUCUGGAGAACAUCAAGGAGUGAGAUAUUUUACAUGUAGACGCAAACAGCCCACAGCCGGGUCGUUCGUGCGUCCAUCUCGGGCGGCGGACAAACCCCGAGGCUUUCUCGAGGCAUUACGGGAGAAAUACGCCCCGGAGUUAGAGCAGAGCCCUGCAAGUCAAAAGUUGGACGGACCUGUCCCCGAUGGCUCUCUUCAAAAGCCUAUUGAAAUCAGCGGAAAGGUUGUGGAAGAAGUCGGCUUUGACAAGAUCCGGAAGCAACUUGCAGAGCUCCAGGAGCUGAAGAUCGUGCUUCUAGACGGACUGCGUGUUGUGGGCACUCUUUCAUAUGCAGCGGAACUGAAACAAAUUGAGUCUGCAUGUAGAGAGAUUGAGCAAACUUGUCCCAAAAUCACCAUUUUGGAUCUCAGUCGAAAUCUCCUGACUAGUUGGACAGAGGUUAUGGGAAUAUGUGACCGACUCAGGAACUUGAAAGUAUUGAAGUUGAACGGCAAUCGGUUGGACCCUGUUGAGGGCAGUUUGAAGUUUGCCAUUACUGAACUUCACUUGGAUGAUACCCUCUUGGCUUGGGAUGAGAUAUCAGCUUUGACUUAUCAAUGUCCAUGCAUCACCACUUUGUCCACUGCUGCAAACCAGAUCUCGACAAUCCCAGUAUCUGUAUCGAACACCAUCACGACGUUGAACCUUGAGCACAACGAGAUUUCUUCCCUUUCCUCAAUCAUGCCACUCACAUCACUAUCAAACAUCGAACACCUCUCGCUGCGAGGAAACUGCAUUGAUGCAAUCCACGAACGCAACCAAACUGAAGAGCCUAUCCGGUUUUCACCCACACUAAAAUCCGUCGAUUUAUCACGAAACCAAAUCAACAUGUGGUCAUUCGUGGAUGAACUUCAACACGUAUUCCCCGGUCUACAAAUCCUUCGAAUAUCCGGAAAUCCCCUCUACGACCAAGCGGUGGGGCCGUCAGCUAUCACCGGCAUGCCAGAGAAACCAAUGACGGUUGACGAGGCAUACAUGUUGACGCUCUCUCGACUCUCGUCACUGCUGGUUCUCAACUUUGGAAACAUCACCGCGAAGGAUCGCAGUAACGGAGAACUAUACUAUCUUUCGCUCGUUGGAAGGGAGUUAUCCGCCGCUCCAGAGACAGCGAAACGGGACGUCCUCGCGAGACAUCCUCGGUAUAGCGAGCUAUGUCACAUCCACGGCGAGCCCAUAAUUAAAAGGGCUUCGGAUUCGACGGGACCUAAUGCGUCGGUGAAUCCGCGAUCUGUUGCAGCACGAUUGUUGAAGAUAGCGUUUCACCUGCCAUCAUCGUCUUCCACAUCCCCGUCAUCAGAAGAUGUCGUGAAAGUCAAAGAAAUCCCUAGAUCCUUUGAUACAUACCAGGUGAAAGCCAUUGUCUCACGGCUGUUUGGUCUGCCGCCUUACGAAUGCAGGUUGAUCUGGGAGACGGAUGAAAUGGAUCCAGUGAGUAAAGAGAAUAUGGGGGAUAUAGAUGGAUGGGAUAGCGAGGAGGAGGGCAGUGCAAUGCAAGAUAGGAAACUGGUGAAUUUGGGCGAUAGCGUGAAAUUUGCCAAAAGGGAGGUGGAGCUUGUGGAUUGUACCAAGGAUAUUGGGUACUGGUUUGAAGCAGAUUUAACGGAGGCGAGAGUCAGAGUCGAAGUUUUGUCUCGCUCAUGA